AUGAUAUUUGGGGACGAUGAUGGUAAUGACGAUAUUGGCAGAUUCACCAACAAUCCAUUUCAGAUAAGGAUUGAAAGUAAAGAUGAAGUCGCUAUUACGAAAUGGCAGCUUCAGUCCCUUCAUGAGAAGAUUGACCAGCUGCUUCUCGCUUCCAAGGAUUCAUCUUCUGAAGCUUAUUCCAAAGCAGUGGUUGAAUCUUUAUUCGAACGCACAACGAAGGAACAUAAAAGUAAUGUUGCGAAGAUGAACAAGGCAGUGGCUGAUUUUGUGGAAGUCUGCAAGACAAUGACCGAAAAAAAUUUGGGCCCCGUGUUCAAAGUGGAGAAGGAUAACUGGCAAGAUCUUCGCAAAGGCUUACAAAAGGAUCAUGAAACGUUUCAAACCUCCAUCAUUUCACAGAUCACAAAACUUCAAGAUGAUUUGGCGAUGGAGAGUAAGGACAUGGAUGCUCUUGCUGUGAAAAUGUAG